AUGGCUGCGCCCAAUGCACCGAUGCGUGUGAUUAGGGUUUUAGAAUUCUACAGCGGAAUUGGAGGAAUGCAUUUUGCCAUCAAAGGUGGAGUCAGGUUGCAGCAUUUUUCCCCGAAUGACUGGUUUAUCAAAAGUUAUCUGGAUGCGACUGUGAUAGCCGCUGUUGACAUCAAUGAUGUUGCCAACAAGGUGUACAAAUAUAACUUCCCACACGCAAACCUCAUGCAACGGAAUAUCCAGUCAAUUACAGUGGAGGAGUUUGACGAGAUGGAGGCAGACAUGUUUCUCAUGAGUCCACCCUGCCAACCAUUCACAAGGGUUGGUCUGAAGGGAGAUCUGCAGGAUCCACGUACCCAGAGUUUCUUGCAUCUACUCCAGACGCUGCCCCGCUUGGCCAGAAUGCCCAGCUACAUUCUGGUGGAGAAUGUUCAAGGCUUUGAAGGAUCCAACUCCAGGGCUCAGCUUGUGAAGACUUUGGAGAACUGUUGCUAUGACUACCAG